AGAUGCCUUAGGCUGGCAGGCUGUGGGCAGGCAAUGAGUAUUUUUCCCUGUAAGUUGGGUACAAAAAAGAUCGACAUGGGAGUGGCUUCCUCGGAGACAGCUGCCUUGAGAGAAUGCAGGAGCAGGGAACAGCCAGAAAUUCCUCCUGGCACCAAGUGCCCGGGGGAGGAGUCCACUUUGCUAAGUAUUGUCAUUUGCUGAAAGAAGGUGUGUGCUCAAGAAGGAGUUUUUAACCUGGAGGAUCAUUAACUCUUUCAUUCAGCGACCUGGAGGUGGCUCUGGAGUUGGUCCUGGAAGCGGCUGCAAGCAAGGGUCGGGGAGCAGGAGCGGAGUGCGUUUCCAUGGGGGACCACCUUGAGAAGGGCCAGCAUGCUUUGCUCAACGAAGGAGAUGAGAACGAGAUGGAAAUAUUUGGCUACCGGACUCAAGGCUGUCGGAAAGCUCUCUGUCUCAUUGGAUCCAUCUUCUCUCUCGGAAUCCUCCCUUUGGUGUAUUACUGGAGACCAGCUUGGCAUGUGUGGGCAAACUGUGUCCCAUGUUCCCUGCAAGAAGCAGAUGUUGUGUUGCUGAAGACAACUGAUGAAUUCAAAAUUUAUUCUUGGAAAAAGGUAAUGUGGAUCUCCUUGUCAGCACUGAGCAGAACGUCUGGUCUCACUCCUGACCACCCUCUCAUUACAGAUGAGGAAUACAUCAUAAACAGAGCCAUACGAAAGUCAGAUCUAAAGGUGAGAUACAUAAAAGUGCAGAAAAUAAGAUAUGUUUGGAAUAAUUUAGAAGGACAGUUUCAGAAAAUUGGCUCCCUGGAAGACUGGCUCAGUUCUGCAAAGAUUCAUCAAAAGUUUGGACUAGGUCUAACAUCAGAAGAACAGGAGAUCAGGAGGUUAAUAUGUGGACCUAAUGCUAUUGAUGUUGAAGUCACACCUAUCUGGAAACUACUCAUCAAGGAGGUUCUAAAUCCAUUUUACAUCUUUCAACUCUUCAGUGUCUGUCUGUGGUUCAGUGAAGAUUACAAAGAGUAUGCUCUGGCCAUCAUCCUCAUGUCUGUCAUUUCCAUAGCUCUGACCGUGUAUGAUCUCAGACAGCAGUCCGUAAAACUGCACCAUCUUGUUGAAUCACAUAAUAGCAUCACAGUCUCUGUAUGUGAGAGAAAAGCUGGAGUCCAAGACCUGGAAUCCCGCCUCCUGGUGCCUGGAGAUUUAUUAAUUUUGACAGGGAGCAGAGUGCAAAUGCCAUGUGAUGCCAUUCUGAUUGACGGCAGCUGUGUGGUAGAUGAAGGCAUGCUGACAGGAGAAAGCAUCCCUGUCACUAAAACUCCGUUAUCCCAGAUGGCUAGCUCUGCACCCUGGAAGAUGCAGACAGAAGCAGAUCCCAGGCGGCAUGUUCUCUUCUGUGGAACAGAGGUCAUCCAGGCCCGGGCAGCUGGCUCCGGGACUGUGAGAGCAGUGGUCCUACAGACAGGGUUCAACACCGCAAAGGGGGACCUUGUGAGAGCCAUCCUUUACCCCAAGCCCAUGAAUUUCAAGCUUUACAGGGAUGCCAUCAGGUUCCUCCUGUGCCUUGUAGGGACAGCCACCAUUGGCAUGAUCUAUACUCUGUGUGUCUAUGUGCUCAGUGGGGAACCUCCUGAGGAGGUGGUGAGGAAAGCCUUGGACGUUAUCACUAUUGCAGUGCCUCCCGCCCUCCCCGCUGCCCUGACCACAGGCAUCAUCUAUGCCCAGAGGAGGCUGAAAAGGAAGGGCAUAUUCUGCAUUAGCCCCCAGAGGAUCAAUGUAUGUGGACAAUUAAACCUUGUCUGCUUUGACAAGACAGGAACCUUAACAAGGGGCGGCUUGGAUCCUUGGGGAGUUGUGCCCUGUGACCAGAAUGGAUUCCAGGCAGUCCACAGCUUUGCCUCAGGCAAAGCUUUGCCCCAGGGCCCACUGUGUGCAGCCAUGGCCAGCUGCCACUCUCUGAUUCUUCUUGAUGGGACCAUCCAGGGAGACCCUAUGGACUUGAAAAUGUUUGAAGCCACCAAAUGGGAAAUGACUACUUCUGGGGAUGAUUUCCACAUCAAGGGAAUGCUGGCACAUACCAUGGUCGUUAAGCCGACAGACACAGUUGGCCAGGUCCCAGUGGAAGGACUCGCCAUCCUGCGUCAGUUCCCAUUCUCAUCAGCACUGCAGAGGAUGACAGUCAUUGUCCAAGAGAUGCGAGGCGACCGGCUGGCAUUCAUGAAAGGUGCCCCGGAGAGAGUGGCCAGCUUUUGCCGACCCGACACAGUACCAUCUAGCUUUAUUAGUGAACUUCAGAUUUACACGACACAGGGGUUCCGGGUCAUCGCUCUGGCUUACAAGAAGCUGGAGAGUGACUGUCCCGCAACUGCCUUGAUGAGGGAGAAGGUAGAAUCGGACCUCAUAUUCCUGGGAUUGCUGAUCUUGGAGAAUCGACUGAAGGAGGAGACAAAGCCUGUCUUGGAAGAGCUCAUCUCUGCCCGGAUACGGACUGUGAUGAUCACAGGCGACGAUCUUCAGACUGCAAUAACAGUGGCCAGGAAGUCUGGGAUGGUUUCUGAAGGCCAGAAAGUCAUUCUUGUCGAGGCAAAUGAAGCCACUGGUUCUUCAUCAGCAUCCGUCUCUUGGAAAUUAGUAGAAGAGAAGAAACAUAUCCCACUCGAGAAUCAGGACAAUUACAUCAACAUCAGAGAAGAAGUUCCAGAUCAUGGCAGAGAAGGGAGUUACCAUUUUGCCCUAAGUGGAAAAUCCUUCCAUGUUCUAAGUCAGCAUUUCAGCAGCUUACUGCCAAAGAUACUGAUGAACGGGACCAUCUUUGCAAGAAUGUCUCCGGGUCAAAAGUCAAGUCUCGUGGAAGAAUUUCAGAAACUGGACUACUUUGUGGGUAUGUGUGGUGAUGGAGCCAAUGACUGUGGGGCUUUGAAAAUGGCUCAUGUUGGCAUCUCUCUGUCAGAGCAGGAGGCAUCAGUGGCCUCGCCUUUCACUUCCAAAACUGCAAACAUCGAAUGCGUUCCUCAUCUCAUCAAGGAAGGCCGCGCAGCUCUCGUUACAUCCUUCUGCAUGUUUAAGUACAUGGCCCUGUACAGCAUGAUUCAGUAUGUUGGUGUUCUGCUGCUCUACUGGGAGACAAACAGCCUUUCCAAUUACCAGUUUCUAUUCCAGGAUCUGGCCAUCACGACUCUUAUUGGUGUAACAAGAUGUAGAACUCUUUGCUACUUCUCCAAUACCAUGUCUGCCUGCAUGCUGCCAUGCUCUCCGCCAUGAUGAUAAUGGACUAAACCUCCGGAACUGUAAGCAAGCCCCAGUUAAAUGCUUUUCUUUAUAAGAGAUGCCGUGGUCACAGUGUCUUUUCACAGCAAUAAACAUGGACUAAGACAGUCCCAAUUGGGUCUGUCUCCAAGUACAUCCUGAUUCCCUCCCUACCACUGUCACCUCAUUUGUUGGGUGGGCUGUACCAGGCGUGUGGAGCCAUGUUCACCUACUUAUAGGAGUGUUAAGGAUUUGAACCCAGGUCAUCUUAUUUUAGCAGCAAGUGCUCUUACACACUGAACUGGCUUCCUACUCCCUUAAUGAUUCUUUUAACAUCAUUUAUUGUAUUUCCUGUGUAUUCCUUUUGGCUUCUUUUAAUAAUUUCUAUAGUUUUGUUGACAGUCUCAUUUCAUUUAACUACUGUUUUCCUUAAAUUUUUGUUCAUGGUUUCACUUAGUUCUUUUUAAAAUAACAAUGUUUUCAUGUGUUUUUAUCUUAUAUGUAUGGGUGUUGCUGUAUUAACAUCUGUGCAUAAUGUGUAUGCAGUGCCUUCAGAUACCAGAAGAGGGCAUCUGAUCCUCUGGAGCCACCAUGUGGUUGCUGGGUAUUGAACUUGGGUCCUCUGGAAGAACAACCAGUGUUCUUAACCACUGAGACACCUCUCCAGCCCCUUCAUUUAAUUUUUAAGAAUAUAUACAACAGCUAAUAGAAAAUUUGCAUAUAAAAUCUAAUGUGUGGGAUUCUUUGAUGUCUUUUAGCUUGCUUUGUUCUGAGCAUUAUUGUGUAUAUAAUAACUUUGGGUAUAAGAUUAAGCUCCUUUUCUAGGUUUUAUAGUUUUGUUUUGCUAUUGGUUGGAAGUUAUAGUCAUCCAUUUAUUACUGAGUUCCCAAAAUUGUAUUUGCAAAGUCAUAUUGCUGUAAUCAGAGGCCACUAACAUCUCUGUUUCCUUUAGCUCAUGUUUUGACAGAGACAUCUUUGAACUCUAGCAGUUAAAAAAUAAAUGAGCAAACCAGCUUCCUCAGCUUUUGCAGAUUGGAUCUUGCUGUCGUGUGUACUCAGCACUUGACAGACCCACACCGAGUCUAGAGACCAUGCAGGGCUGUGAGCUUUACAUCUGUAAGCAUGAACCAAGCAUCAGGCAUGUGUCUAGCUUUUGUAUACCAAAGCAUACACAGAUGCUGUUGAAUGCUCCGAUUUCUCCAAGGUUCUUCAGCUUUCAGUGGUUCUAUUAGGCCCAUUACAUCCCUUAUCUUUUUUAGAGACAAUCUUGAGUAUUUUCAAGCACUGCAUGUCAAUUUGUUUUUAUUUUUGCCCUGAAUGAAUUCCAUAUUAGGAGUCUCAUAUUAAGUGAACUGGAGAUGAGAAUCUGGGAUCAUUUCUUCAGGUAGUGGCUAGGUACAUUAUGGCAGACCUGCACAUGAACCUGUGGGUAAAGUCUGCUGUGUAGCUUCCGUGACUAUGGACCAGAGAGCAUCUCAGGAAAUGCAGGGUACCAUCUUCCAGACUGAUCCCUAGCGGGUGAAGGAGUAGGGCAGGCGCAUGCAGACAUGUGACAAAACUCUCCUGUAAUUUUAGUGAGGCGGCUCCGUGGGUAAGAGCACUCGCUCCCACGCCUGACAACCGGAGACCCAUCCCUGGGACCCACAUGGUGGAAGAAGAAAAACGAUGUUAAAGUUAUCUCCUACCUCACACACACACACAUCACGGUGUGUGCUUGUGGGCACACAAGCAAUAAACAAACAAAUAAUAACAAAGGAAUGAAUGAAUGAAUGAAUGAAUGAACAUAAAACAUUUUUUGAAGAGUUGAAAAAUCCUUACCAUUUUAAGUUAGGUCCCCCCCCCUUUUUUUUUCUUAAUUCACUUUCUGCUAUGUUGCUACAGACUUUUGUAUAUUUUCUAGAGCUCUGGCAAAGGUUGGUUUGGAGGGUUUUGCAUAUUUUCCAGUGUUCCUCUGGGGAGGGAGCUCUCAGUGUGCCUUCUCCAUUUUCCUGAUGCCAUUAAACACUGGGAAGCAUUUCUUCACCGUGAUUGUGUUACAGACUGAACUUGAUAUUGAUGUCAUGACGAAUAUUGUUCUGGAAUUUUAAUUGCUUUGAUUAGGAUAAAUUUCCCAAAGUGGAAACCAAAAAUGGAAUGUUUUUCCAUUUUCAUAUUCAUUUCUUUGUUGGCACUGAAGUUUUGUCUCAACUCACAUUUCUACAAAAUUCACUAAAGGGUGUAUGCUAUCUUUCUUUCUUAUCAUUUAAUAGUCUUUGCCAACUUAAUCGGCCAUCCCCACCCCACCCCCCAAAAAACCUAAAAAACCCAGGCAUCUUGCAACUGUCCUGUGUCUGUUCUUUUGAAAACUUCCUCAUGACUUGUAUUUGGAACCAUUAACUGCUUUGUUCUCCCAGUUUAUAAUGCUCUUGAAGUUGUCUAUUUCUUUAGAUGAUUGCACCAGAGAAGUUAUAUCAUUCUUCUAUUUCAAGUUAUUAGUUCUUUAACAAUUUUGUACCAUAUGUAUGUAUUUAUUUACUUAUUUAUAUAUGUAUGGGUGUUUUGCCUGCAUGUAUGUCUGUGUACCAAAUAUGUGCCUGGUGCCUGCAGAAGCCAGAAAAGGGCAUUGGACCCCCUGGAAGUGGAAUUACAGAUGAUUGUGAGCCACCAUGUGGGUGUUGGGAAUUGAACCCAGGUCCUCUGGAAGAGCAGCCAGUGCUUGUAAUUGCUGAGCCAUCUCUCCAACCUCAGUCAUUUUUUUUUAUCACAUUCACCCCCUCACCAAACUCCUCCCGGUUCACUCUCCUUCCUUCCCACCCAACUUUGUGUCCUUAAAAAAAAAUAAACCUAUUCCAAUGCUUUGUGCUGCACUAAUAUUCUUGUAUGUGUGGCCUUCCAUUGGAGCGUGGUUGCAUUAAUUGGGGAUACAUGCUUAAGAAAACUGACUCCCUGUCUCCCAGCAACAAUCCAGUAGCUCCUCAGCCAGGGGCGGGACUUUAUGCCCAGCUCCCCUUCCUGUGCUGGGAUUUGGUCUGGCUUGCACUUGCACAGAUCUUGUGCAUGCUGUCCCAGCUGCUGUGAGGUCACACGUGCAGCCACCCUCUGUGUCUGGAAGACACUGUUUCACUGUUGCCAUCGAGGGCCUCUGACUUGCACAUUCUUUCUGGCCCUUCUUUUGCAAAGAUCCCAGAGUUUGGGGAGAAUGGGUUGUGAUACAGGUGUCCCGUCUAGGACCGAGCGCUCCACAGUCUCAUAUCCUCUGCUUUGAGCAGCGAUAGGUCUCUGUGUCAAACACCAUCUGCUGCAAGGAGAGGCUUCUCGGGCUGAGGGUUGGCAGGGGCAUCGAUCCUACCGUUCUUACUGCUAAGAAUGCAACAUUUUCCCACUCUCGUGCAUGUAAACCUUGGAUUUAUU